AUGGUAACACCAGCAACACCACGUCGCUCAACGCGUCUGAGCACUCUCGCCCGAUUCGCUUAUGAAGCGAACAAUGCGAAUGCCAGCUCGAGUUCUGCGCCGGCUGAUUUACGAUCUUCGCCAGUACGCGUCGACGAGGAACACGCGGAAGACGAAGACGGAAUCACCUUCGGGUCGGACAUAGAAGAUGCCGUCAAGUCCAAUGGCUCGCCAGCCGUCAAGGUCAAGCGCAGGAACCCUAUCGGCACGCGCAAGCGGAAGGCGACUGUGUUGAAAAAUGAAGAACCCCUACCCGCCCCGACGAGAAUCAAGACCGAACGGAAAAGCACGAGGAUCAUCACUCAAACGGCCGAAGCCGAAGUGAAGUCGGAUUCUGAGAUUGACAUGAACGAUAUCCCAGCCGUUGGCACGUCAGCUACAUCCAGCAAGAAACGCACCGCGCGCAAGCCCGCUCGCAAAACGACCGACGCCCUGACUGGCGAGGUCAAGGUCGAGCCGCCUUCGGACUGGGAGGAAGUUUACAGAUUGGUCAAGGAGAUGCGCAUCUCUGGCCCCGCUGCCAACGCCGCCGUCGACACCAUGGGAUGUGAGCGUCUGGCCAGCAAUAACGCAUCAGCACGCGAUCGGCGAUUUCAUACUCUUGUCGCUUUGAUGUUGUCAAGUCAGACCAAGGACACAGUGAAUGCGGAGGCGAUGUUGCGGUUGAAGAAGGAACUGCCUCCCCAUACCGAGGGCGCCGAACCAGGCUUGAAUUUGGAGAAUAUGUUGGCCGUUGAGCCAACCCUUUUGAACGAGUUGAUUGGCAAGGUUGGAUUCCAUAACAACAAGACGAAAUACCUCAAACAAGCCGCCGAAAUCCUCCGCGACCGUUACAACUCCGACAUCCCUGACACCAUCGAAGGUCUCAUGUCCCUUCCUGGCGUUGGACCGAAGAUGGCCCAUCUUUGCAUGUCCGCCGAGAACGGCUGGAACCGCGUUGAAGGUAUUGGUGUGGAUGUCCACGUCCACCGCAUCACCAACCUCUGGGGCUGGCAGAACCCACCCACUAAGACCCCUGAGGAGACCCGCCUUGCGCUACAAUCGUGGCUGCCCCGCGACAAGUGGAAGGAGAUCAACUGGCUACUGGUCGGAUUCGGACAGUCGGUGUGUCUUCCUGUGGGAAGGAAGUGCGGUGAUUGCGAGCUGGGACUGAGGGGCUUGUGUAAAUCCGCAGAGAGGAAGAAGGUUAUUGAGGGCAGAAAGAGGAGGGAGGUUGUGAAGGAGGAGAAGGUGGAAGUAGAGAUUGAGGAAGACAGGCGGGGUAUGGUCAUCAAGAGGGAGAAAAGAGAGAGGAAGGUCAAGGUUAAGGAAGAGCAGGAAACCAGGGCCAGGGAUGUUGUCAACGAGCCCGUACCGCCGGCGGUUCGGGAAGCUGCUGCGGAUGAAGAUGUGAAGAUGGAAAGCACCGAGGAUGUUGAGAUGGAAGACGCCGAUGAGGCUCAGUCCGGCAUUGGCAACAAUGGGCCCGCAAUCGUGAAGCAUGAAGGAGAUACCGACAUCAAGCCCACGACAGAACACAGCCCGCCCAUGAUCAUCAAGCAAGAAGGUAUGAGGGUGAAGCGCGAGAGGCUCGCCAAUGAAAAAGAGGACAAUGAAGAGGCUGACCGACAACCUGUUGUUAAGGAAGAAGUCCCUAGGGUAAAAGAGGAACAGCGUGUUCAUGAAGUGGCUGCUGAGGAAGAAGAGAACCAGCUCCCGAACGUCAUUAAGAGAGAGACUGGGCGCGUCAAGCAGGAGCCAAAUACUCAUGAUGAAGAGGGGGAGUCGGCACGCCGACGUCGGGUCGUGAAACGAGAAUCCCAAAGGGAUCUAUCUACCGUCAAGCAGGAGCUCGGUAAUGACGAGCAAGAAGACGACCUUCAGCCGCAAAGUGUAAAGCCCGAGCAUCCAAGAGUGAAGCGGGAGUUCUAUGGCCAAGGCCAAGGCGAGGAAGAAAAUCAUCGCCCACGCACUGUCAAGAGGGAAUCCCUCAAUGGAGCUACGAUCGUCAAGCGGGAGCCGAACCUUGAUAAUGACGACGCGGAAGACCGCCAGGCACGCUCGGUCAAGAGGGAGCCACUCCUGGAACGCGUAUCAGUGAAGCAAGAGCCCAAUAUCGCCGAUGGUGAAGAGCAGGAAGGCCAUCACGGGCCAGCCAUUGUCAAGCGAGAGGCUGGGCAGGUGAAGCAGGAGGCUGAGGAGGACAAGGAGGAUGAGGAACAACUUGAUGAACCAGUCGUGAAAAGUGAAUCUGUCAAACGGGAACAAGAUCCUGUAAGAGUGAAAAGGGAGGCCGUUGAUGAAGGCGGAGAAGAGGAAGAGGAGGGCCUGCAUGUGAAAACGGAACAUGGCAGAGUAAAAGUGGAGGAUGGAAUGGCGAGGAUUAAGCUCGAGAGAUGA